AUGGAGGCUCAGGCAGACUCAAACACUGCAGAGCGAAACAAAGAAAGAGAUUUCCAAAAGCUUCUGAAGUCCUCCAGUUCAGCCAGUCUCACCAAUGAGGCAUCCCACAAUGCUUCAAGCGAGCUGGCUGGUACUCCAGGCCCUCACUGUGGGCAGGUGCUGACCAGUGAAAGACGACAGCCCUUGAGCAGUGUGUCCUCUCUGGAGGUGCACUUUGACCUCUUAGACCUGACGGAACUCACUGAUAUGUCCGACCAGGAGCUUGGGGAGGUGUUUGCCGACUCUGAUGAGGAGAACCAUAAUGGCUCACCAGCAAAUCAGCAGAAGCACCCAUUGCCACGGUUUCCUCACAGUGGUUACGUUCGUUCACCCUCCUGGACCAGGGGUGCCAAAGGAGAACAGCCCAGAGAUCGAAAACAUCACAGUGACUCGGAGAACACAGAGCCCUUACUGAAGAUAGAGCGCUCCCUGUCUCAGCAGCCCUGA